AUGGUUUGUCUUUCAGCAUUAAUUUAUGUUGUACUUCCUUUGAUCGAAGUUGACCUUUUGAAUCCAACUGCUGCCUCUGAAGCUAAGGCACACAAAAUGAAGAGAUUAGUCCCAACUCCAAAUAGUUACUUCCUUGAAAUUAAAUGUCCAAAAUGUAGUGCUACUACUACUACUUUCUCACAUGCCCAUAGACAAAUUUUAUGUCAAAAAUGUGGACAACCACUUGGACAACCAACUGGUGGUAAAUUAAAACUUACUCAACAAUGCAAAUUCAGAGUUAAGAAAUAA